AUGUCUGAUAUUGAUGAAGAUUUAUUGGCUUUAGCUGGUGCUGAUGAAGAAGAAGAAGAAGAAGUCCUUACGACUUCAAAGAGAACAAAGCAAUCCGGUGAUUCUUCUGCAAAUAAAAAGAGAAGGAUUGAGUCAGAUAGUGAUGAGGAUGAAGAUGAUUAUAAUCCUGCUGCUAUAGAUGGUGGUGACGGUGCUUACAAUGAAAAUGACGAUGAGGAAGAGUAUGAGGAGAAUCCUUUCCCAUUAGAAGGUAAAUAUAAAAACGAAGAAGAUCGUGACUAUCUGGAGUCGUUACCUGAAAUGGAACGUGAAACUGUACUGUACGAUAGAUCUCAAACUAUGAGGAAAUAUAGAGAAAGGCAAUUCUUCAAAGACCGUAAUAAAAAUCUAAAAAGACAAAAAGAAAGAAACGAGGACGACGAAGCAUUGAAGACGCGUUCAUCCGGAAGAGCUACACAUGCGACUGGACAUACUGAUCUUAAGGCAUCCAAAUUAUCUCAAUUGAAGAAGCAAAGAGAAAAGAAAAACAAAAGCCGUCAAUAUAGUGACUAUGAAGAAGAGGAGGAAGAGGAUGAAGAAGAGUUUGAAGAUGAAUAUAGGGAAGGAAGCGAAUAUGAAGAAGAGGAAGAUUACAACCCGUACGAAAGGAAGACCGCGUAUAAAGAUGAAGAGGACGAAGAAGUUGAGUGGGCAGAAGAUACUGAUAGGGAUACGGAACUUAACGACUUCAAUAAAUUGAGAAUAGGGCGUUCUUUUGUUGCUAAAUUCUGUUUCUACCCAGAUUUCGGUGAGAUUGUUAAAGGUUGUUAUGGUAGAGUUAAUGUUGGUGUCGACAAACGUACAGGGCAAACCAGUUAUCGUAUGGUCAAGAUAGAAAGAAUAUUUUUACAAAAGCCUUAUAGUAUGGGUAAAUUCUUCACUAAUCAGUAUUUUGGUGUUACCCAAGGCAAAGACAGAAAAGUUUUCCAAAUGAGUUUUUUCAGUGAUGGUUUAAUCACCCCACAAGAAUACGAAAGAUACAUCAGAUCACUUGAAAGUUCACAUAUUCCAAAACCAACGGUCUAUACAUUGAAAAGUAAGUCUAAGGAGCUAGUAUCCUUCGUGUCUGAACCAUUGACUGAGAAGCUUACAAAUGAAAUUGUUCGUAAUAGAAUGGUAUUCAAUAAAAAAUUAUCAGGUACUAAUGCUGUUCUUGAAAAGACCGUUCUAAAGGAAAAACUCCAAUACGCUCGUGAAACGAAUAAUGAAAGAGAUGUUGCUAAGUAUUCUGCACAAUUGAGAAACUUUGAAAAGAGAAUGAAUAUGUACGAAAAGCAUCAUGAAAAUGAUCAAACUGGUUCAAAGAAACUGGGCGCAUUAACAUCAAAGAAUAAAAAAGUGAAUAUGGAUAAACUUAGAAAUGCAGAGCAUGUUAAAAAGGAGGACUUACCGAUUGAUAAGAGUGAUCCAUUCAGUAGAUUAAAGACAAGGACGAAAAUCUACUACCAGGAGAUCCAAAAAGAAGAAAAUGAGAGAGCAAAAGCUCUUGCACAGCAAAAGAAAAUGGAAGAGAACGAAGAAGCCACCAAACGUAAGGAAAAAGAGCUCUUACUUGCUCAGUUUAGGCGUUUAGGAGGGUUAGAAAAAAUGAUUAGUGGUUUAAAUAUCGAGUUUGAUCUAGGUAUCUGA